AUGCCGGCGGGAUCCGAGAAGAAAGAUGCCGCCGCCUCCAGGAUCGCAGAGCUUGAGUCCUUCGGGCUCGAUUCUCGACUUUCCUCCCGGGUUGCAGAAAGCGAGAAGACCUUUAAGGCUAUGAUAUCGGCUUUCCAUGAAGCCGGCAUCACACCCGAGACCAAUAACAAAGAGGCCAAGGCGGGCCUUCUAUACACAGCGAUUACCAAACUGGGCAACACGGUUGGCGCCAAAGGUCGUCACAUGCUUUUUGCUUCCAUUUCGGAUGGCCGUGUAGGGGCAGCGCCGCACGUCGAGGCUGCUGCUGCGUGGCUCGUCUCGUUCUACCGGAAAUUGGGAGACGGUGUCCCCAAUGCUGUCGUCAAAAUCGAUGAGGAGAGGGUCACCAUUGAUCAAUCAGAGUUUGAAGAGGCUGCUGGUGUUGGUGUCGUUGUCACCGAAGAGGAAAUUACUGCAGCUGUGGACUCUGCGAUUCAAGAGAACACACCUGCACUUGUUGAAAAGCGCUAUCGGUUUAACACGGGCCUGAUGCAGAGAGACAUUAUGAAAAACCUACGUUUUGCCGAGGGAAAAGCAGUCAGCGCAUUGAUUACAGAGAAAGUUGCAGCUUUGCUCGGGCCGAAGACGGAAGCGGACCUCGCCAAACCAUAA